AUGACAAGCAUUGAGCAGAUUCAAAUCAGCGGUGUCCGCAGCUUUGACCCCAACCCGGCUCACCGUCAGACAAUUGUUUUCCAGAAGCCUCUCACUGUUAUACUCGGAAAGAAUGGCGCGGGUAAGACAACAAUUAUCGAGGCAUUACUGAAUGCCUGCACGGGACAAAUGCCUCCGGGUAGCGGCUCUGAGAAAAGCUCCUUUGUGUAUGAUCCUAAGGUGAUGGGCGAGACGGAUGUCAAGGCGCAGAUCCGUCUCCUUUUCACCGGGAGAGGCGGCAAGGUGAUGCAGGUGAUACGUUCCUUUCAGGCUUUGCGUACUCGCACCAAAACAACCUUCACGACGCUUGACAGCACUGUGGCAUUUCAGGAUACCGCGACCGGUAAGGUUUUAUCUAGCACUUACCGCGCCAACGAUGUGGACCGUGCCGUGCCUGAAAUGUUGGGUGUCUCCCCGGCGGUUCUAGAGCAUGUUAUCUUCUGUCAUCAAGAGGACGCCAAUUGGCCUCUGUUGCCGCCCAAAGAGGUAAAAAAAAUAUUUGAUGAGAUUUUUGCGGCGACUCGCUAUGUCUUGGCCCUCGAUCGACUUCGGGAGAAUAGCAAAGAGUUCCGCCGACAGCAAAAGGAGCAUGAGGCGAACUUGAUGGCGUUACGAGAGCACCGGGAGCAGGCGCAACAGCUCACGGGUGACAUUGCAGCGAAGGAGGAGUUGGUCCGCACAAUUCAGCAGCGAUCCAAGUCGUUGGAACCGCAACUGAAGGAACUACAUGCUGUCACGGCAGCGCUGAGUGCUGUGGAGCAGGGCGCGGAGGGUUUGGCACGCGAGGCUGCCAUGAUUCAAGGCCGCAUCGACGAGAAACAAGAGUCAUUGAGUCGAAUGACCCUUCCUCCGACGACUUUAACGAUAGAGGAGAUGUUGGAAUUUAAACAGGGUUUUGCUGAGCGUAUCAAAGGCCUCGAGGCAGACGCAUCCGAUAAGGCGAACCUCCUUGAGAAGGCUGAGGCAAAAAAGCAGCAAUGUGAAGAAACGGCGCUGCGUCUUCGCUCCACCACUGAAUUUCUUGAGCAGCAGGAGCGGCAAUAUAAAGAAAACCGUGUGGAGCUUCAGGGAAUUGUCAAGAACCUCUCGACAGGACUUGUCUUGUGUGAUGAUGACAUGUGCGAGGAAGACCUGCAGCGUGUGAGCGAUCACUUGAAUGCGGAAUUACAACUGGCGAGAGCGGAACGAGACAAGGCAUUGAAGGAGUUUGAUGACGAGAAGAAACUCCUUGAGGAUCAACGGAACAUGUUGCUUCGCUCAAUGGAUGCCGAUAACAAGGAGAAGGAUAUGAAGGAGGACCAACUAAAACACCUACAUCAGCGCGUUGUGAGCACCGAGGAGGCAUUGGGAAAGUUGAAGCCGUAUGUUGGAGCUACAUACCUUGAGUCACUGAAGAAAACAAUAUCCGAAUUGGAGCAGCGUUUGGAGGUAAUGGAAGAAUUGAAGAAGAAAGGGGAAAAUUACAAACAACGACAAGACAUAUUGCAGAGAAUAGAUGCACAAAAUCGCAUUGUUGCAGGGUUGCGUCAGGAAUUGGCGAGACACAAGGAAUGCUUGGGUGGUGAGGCGGAGAUGAAUCUUCUUCGGACACAGAUUACAGAGAAGGAGAGGUUUCUUGAGGCCGAGAUGAGGGAGACACUCGUGCCGGAGUUGUCUAAUUUUGGGCACGAGAUGACUGAGGGAAGUUCCCUGUCGCAGAUUUCCCUCCUCAUUGAGCAGCUCAGGGAACAAAAGCUGGGGGUACUCCGAGCUAUUCAAACCGAGCACGGUGAGCUCGAUCGUCAAAUUGCCGUGCUACAACAGAAUCGGGCGCAGCGAAUGGAGGAAAUAAUGCGGGAAAACUCCGAGUUGCAGCGGAAGCGCACAAACUGCGUGAAGGCACUUGAUGGCUUGGGUGAAAUUGAUCAUUUUGAGGCUGUCCUUGAGAAGGCCCGUGAUUUAUUAGAAGCAGCGAGGAACAGGCAUCAUGCACUGGAGGCAAUGUCAACAUGCUACGCAAAUUUUGUGCAGGUGGCUAGGGUGGAGGGAAAAUGUCCCGUGUGCGACCGCGGUUUUACGGAUGAGUUGUCGCUUGCCAACUUUGUGGAGCUCAACGAGCGACAUCAUGGGGCGUCACCAGAGAUGAUUGAGAAGGCUCAUUUGGAGGCGAAAGAAGCAGAGGAAAGGGUGCGUAUUCUUGAAACUCUCGAGGCUGAUGUGCAUGACGUGAGACGUCUGGCGUCGAGCGUUCCACAUCUGGAGCUGCUGGUGACACGUACCAAUGAAGAGCUGGCGAACAAGUCUGCCUUGUUGGAGGAUGCGGAGCGGAAGCGGGAGGAUGUGGAGCAUCAGUUGAAGCGUGUGCAAGAUUUGAUGCGCACGGCGAUCGAUUUAAAUGCGGUCGCUUGUGAUGUCCGUGCACUCAGGCAACAACUUUCCCGCAGGGAAGCUGCCAUCAAGGAGCUACAGGCGGAAGUCGUGACCGCGGCUGGUGGUGGUGCUGACGGCGGUGCUCGAACAUACGAAGAGGUUUCGGCGGAGUAUGAGAGUGCCAAUACGGAGCUUCAUCGUCUUAAUGUGAUGCUGAAUGAGGCACAGCGACGUGAAGAUGGUGAGUCUGACCAGGCGGCUGCCAGUGAGCUCAACGCGAGGCGGGCUGAGUACUACCAGUUGGAGAUGAAAUGGAUGCGGCAGGGUGAACUGGAGGAGGUACUUGCACGAUACAAGGGUGAGGAAAAUGGCUACAGGGAGCGCAUUGCCGCAAUCAACGCUGGGCAAGAGGGAGUGCGAGAGGAGCUCCUGCGUCUACAAAGUCGUAUUGACACCCUUCAGCGGGCGCGUCAGGAUGCCGAAUGCGCCGCGCAGCAAGGCCGAAUUGGGAAAAUAGAGGAAUCGACGCAAAUGUUGGCGGGGAUUGUGCCCAAGAUGCGCGAUUACUUUGCGUCUAAGCAUGGGGAACAAUUGUUCAGAGCACGGGAACAAAUGCAAUUGGCAGAGGCAUCGCGCCUGAGAGCCGUGGAUGAGGUAAGACAGCUGCGUGAGGCGAUCCAGGAGUCACGACGUGUGGUGGAUGAGCAGCACCGUCAGGCGGUAGAGGUGGGGAAGCACAUCGAGGCCUUUAAGAAGCGUCAAUCGAUUGAUGAGGAUCAGGCACGACUGCAGGAGGUGGAGCGCUCUCUUACCGAAAUGAAGAGCCGGGAGAUUCGUGGAGUUGCGGCAAUAUUGGGGGCAGAUGUCAUUGCGGGUGAGACGGUUUCACGCAUCCGGGAGCUCAUCCGCGAAAAGGUGAGCGAGUUGGAGCGAUCCCGUGCUCAGCAGGAGGGAAAUGUGGAGGCAAUGAUGCAAGACAUCACAAACCUCCGGAGUCAACUGGCCCGUGAGAAGUACCACGACAUCGAGAAACGAUACCGAUCCACCUUUUUAAAGGUCCAAACAACCGAAAUUGCCGUUGCGGAUAUUGAAAAGUACUACAGGGCAUUGGAGAAGGCAGUGCAGUCUUACCAUCAGGAGAAGAUUGCACAGAUCAAUCAGAUUUUGGCGGACCUUUGGCGACAGACGUACAAGGGAAGUGACAUUGACACCGUGGAACUUCGUUCCGAGGAUGAUGUGACGUCGACAACGGCGCGUCGUAGUUAUAGCUACCGCGUUGUGAUGAAACGAGGGAACAGCGAGAUGGACAUGCGUGGCCGGUGCAGCGCUGGCCAAAAGGUGUUGGCAUCCGUGCUUAUUCGUCUUGCACUUAGUGAGGCGUUCUGCUGUGACUGCGGCAUCCUUGCGCUUGAUGAACCGACGACAAACCUGGACGAGGACAACGCCCGGUCGCUUGCAGAGUCUCUCCGUUUGCUUAUUGAAAACCACCGCGCCGUGAAACAUUUUCAGUUGAUUGUCAUCACACACGAUGAGCAAUUUGUGAGGGCACUCGGUGGACAGGCACUGGACACGUUCUACUACAUUCGCAAGGACAGGGACGGCGCUUUUUCAGUCAUCGAGGAGCGCACCUUUGAUCAGUUGUUCGCAGCAUGA